AUGUCACCAGAUCCCGAUAUCAAGCAUGAUGAAAAGGGUCAUCGCCCGGAGUCAGACGAGGAACGGGGCGUUUCAGAAAACGAGAUCGAAGUACCCAAUGCCGGCAUCGUCGGCUGGGAGAGCCAAGACGACCCAGCAAUGCCCCUGAACUUCACUUCGGCCCGCAAAUGGGUGAUAGUCUCGUCUCUCACCCUCAUCACGUUCAUGUCACUACUAUCGUCCAGUAUGCUAGCACCUGCCAUUGCUGAUAUCAACGCCGAGUUCCACAACGUUAACAUCACCAAAGGCGCGUUCCCUGUACACGGUCGAGCGCCCGUCUUGACCGCUGCGAAUAUCUUCCUCUGUCUGUGGCACAUCGGCUGCGCUCUGGCUCCAAGCCUCGAUGUUCUCGUCGCCUUUCAUUUUCUUUCGGGGGUAGACGGGAGCGGCUGUUUGACGCUGAGAGGGGCUGUGAUAGGUGACCUCUUCCCUGUGGUCGAGCGCGGCAAAGCUCUCUCGCUAUGGACCUUGGGACCGUUGAUCGGCCCGACCUUAGGGCCUCUCCUCGGGGCAUUCUUCACGGCGUCGUUCGGAUGGCGGUGGGCCCCCUGGAUCGUAUUCAUUCCCUCAGUAAUUGUUACAUUAGUGCUCGCGAUAUUCCUCCCGGAAACUAACCACAAGGUUCUCGUCGGCCACAAAGUCAAGCGCGUGAGCAAGGAACUCGAUCGGAACGACCUAGUUAGCUGCUACGAGAAAUUCGACUCGGCCCAACUAUCCCAGACCGCUAUACUGAAGACCGGAUUCUCGCGCCCCCUGAAGAUGCUCGCCUUCGCGCCCAUUCUCUCCGUACUGUCUAUCUACAAGUCGUUCAUAUACGGAACCAUGUACUUGAUGUAUAACUCGAUCUCGCCCACGUUCGAAGACCAUUACGGCUUCUCGACCGGUAUCACCGGUGUCGUCUACCUGUCCAUGGGCCUCGGAUACAUGGUGGGUCUCUACAGCUUCUCGGUGUUAUUCGACAAGACGGCCAUCCGACUGACCAAGGCCAAUAACGGCGUCUACGAGCCGGAAAUCGCGCCUCAACCUAAUCGUCUACUACGCCUGCAUAUGGCCGAUCACCUUCUUUUGGUCCAUUGGAUCGUGCCCAUCAUAGCGCUCUUUCCCCUCGGCCUGGGCAUCAUCGGCGUGUUUCUGCCCACGCAGGCCUACAUCAUCGACGCCUACCCCACGUACUUGGCGUCGGGACUCGCAGCCUUCACGGUGCUGCGCAGCGUUACUGCUGCUUUUCUGCCAUUGGCAGGGCCGUCAUUAUUCUCGUCCCUGGGACUGGGCUGGGGAAACUCGGUGCUUGGGUUUAUUGCCAUCGCUUUUAUCCCGGUCCCGAUACUUGUGUAUAGAUUCGGUACAGGGCUGAGGAAGAGGUACCCACUGGAAUUAUGA